AGUUGCAUCAUGGAUAUCACACUGAUUGUGAAAGCCACGAACCAGCAGUUCGAUGACCAGACGAUCAAGUGCGAACCAACUUGGUCCAUCCGGCGACUUAAAGGGCACCUGACGGAAGUUCAUCCCGGUAAACCUAGUGCCGAUGAGCAAAAACUGAUCUACUCUGGCCAGCUACUGAGCGACAGCGUUAUACUCAAAGAUGUUUUGCGACACUACGACGGGCAACAGGCUUACACUGUGCAUUUAGUGUUCACACCGAAAAACAAUCGACAUCAAAAGGAAUCGGGUAGCUUCAGUGGUUGCAGCGCUAGUAGCAUUAUCAACAAUAACUCCAAGAACAUGUCCCCAAAGGCCCCAACGGAAGCUGGCAGUGCGUCGACAUCGUCCAAUGCAAGAAGGAGUAAUGAAUCAUCAGCAGUGCCAGAAAACGGUCCUAGUAGCUCAAUUGGGGCGGAUGGAUUACGACAGCGAAUUCUAGUGAGUGAGCCGAUUAGCAGUGCUGCUGGAUCGACUUCAAUACCUUCAAGCUCAAUGUCACCGAACACUGCUGACUACAUUAUGGGACAACAUCUGGCUAUGCAGAAUUGGAUGCAGCAAACGUACAUGCAAUAUCUCAACCAAUACAUGCAUGUGAUAUCAAAUGGACAAACCAAUCCGCAGACACUAUAUACCAGCACCCUAACAAAUCCACCUGCAACUAUCUCACCACAGCCAAAUCCCCAAAUGACACCGGUACUACCAAUACCGCCAGUCAACGCGAAUCCAAUCCUGGCGCAAACUCUACCGAAUCUGGCCUACUAUCCGUAUCUUUCCACGGUAAAUUCAUCACCAAUGCCGUCGGCCAGUAGCAUUCCAGCACCGAUCACAUCGAGUGGAACCAUUCCGACAAGCCCUGCUCAGCCCAGCGUUUCACCCAGUUCCUCUAGUCAAACGCCUGCACUCCCGAGCGCUGUCCGCACAUCAAUUCCAUCACAUCCAGUUGCAGGGCAAAGCACAGAAGGCUCGGCAACAUCAACUGCACCGUCAGCCCCUGGAUCGACCACCGUCGACGGUACAGCCGAAGCACAACCAGCCGCGGCAGCAGGUGCAGGCCAAGCUGCCGCCGCUGCAGGCGCUGCCCCAGCUCCGGCUCGAAGGUUCCCGAAUAUUGUGGUCGAGGAGCAGGAAAAUCGUGACUGGUUGGAUAUCUUCUUCAGCAUGUGCCGGGUGGGAAUUCUCAUGACCGUGGUAUAUUUGUACUCGUCACCGACGCGCUGCUUGACGGUGUUCUUCAUCGGGAUAUCGCUUUAUCUUUAUCAAAUUGGUUUCUUCCGCAACAACAACAACAAUACCGAUCGACUGGAACGCGCCCGUCAAAUAGUCGUGCAACAGAUCAAUAAUGCUCAUGGUAUUCGACCCAAUGCGGAUGCUCGACCACGAGUACCCGGCGCUGCAGUAGCUGCGGCCCCAGUUGCACCCGAUGCUAACACUGCUGCUAAUGGUCAAACCGCUCAAGUUCCUUCCCCGUCCGAUGAGACAGUGGACAAACCGAAAGUUGCACUAUCGGAGCAAGAUGCAAAUACUGCUGUCGGCUCGAGUACUGAAGCAGCUGUAGAACCAGGGAACAAACCUGCAUCGCCAGUAUCAGUGCCACAGAUGGAAGACUCUGUAGAACAGAAUCCCGUUGAAGCGGAGGAUCCGUCAAACGUCGUACAGGAAGCAAACAGGAUAAACUUGAACGAUGUUGCGGCCUUCUUGCGGACGCUAGUGUUGUCGUUCUUCACGUCGAUAAUUCCCGACACCCCCGCAGCUUAGAAAGCAAGUGCAGUAGGUUUAACUUACUGGGAUCAGCGAUGUUUUUGUUUCUCGAUAUAUAUUGUUUCCUACGGUACAGAGCAGUUGCUGACGUCGUGUACAUAAUAAUACAUCUGAACCCGCUGUGCGUUUAUCCUGUUCUAAUGUAUCCUUAUUUUUAAAAUAUACAGCUAUCAUCAGAUGACUUGCAAAGCUAGUUUGUUGCUUAAAGUUUUUUUUUCUAAUAUUCGUAAGACACACACACACACAUUAUUAUUGUAAGUGGAUAGAUUAACUUUUUAUACAUGCAAACCUCUAAAAGCAUCGCGAAAAAUUAUACACGAUCAACUAGCUAGCAGUGUUUAGGAACGAAUGUAGAAUUAGAUUUUGCAAACAAAACAGUAAUUUUACGUUGAAUCUUGCAACGAAAUCCUUUAGGGCGGGUCGAAGUUGUUCUUUGCAUUACAGUUAUUAUUUCGAGAAUCCGGCAACGUGAGCAUUUGCACUAGUUGAUUUUUUAAUAUUUUUCUGUUAGCUUGUCUAGGAUCGAGUGGUAAUAUAUGGUACAUGUAAGAAGGUAUUAUUGUGUAAAUUCUUCAAUGUAAAACAAAGUUGGAACAAUGUUAUCGAUUUAUAUGAUAAGCAAUGGAAAUACAAUUAUUUAUGUUCAUACUGGAAGGA